AUGGAAUGGGUUGCUGAUGGUGCCAAGAUAGAGGUCAAGAAACUUCUAUUCCAAGCUAGACUGGGUGAAAUUGAAAUAUUAUCUCCAUUUGAGUUUGUUGAUCAUUUAGACAGUGUCCAAAAUCCAUUAGCAUCUUCAAUUUACGACUUCUAUGUUCUUAUCGAGACAACCGGAAGCAAUGAAUCUAAUGACAAAGAGAAUGUUAAAGGUUUUCUUGUGGAUGCAAUGAAAAGUGGUUUAGUAAGUGAUGGAGCCAUAUCACAUGAUUUGAAUCAAACAUCAUCAUUUUGGCAAAUUCGUGAGGGAAUUCCAGAAGCAUUGCAGAAAGCUAGAGUUGUAUAUAAAUAUGAUUUGUCAAUUCUAGUUAAGAAAAUAAAAACAGGUGGUAAAGCAAAUGUAGUGGGAUAUGGUCACCUUGGAGAUGGAAACCUUCAUUUGAAUGUGUCGGGCUCCCAGUAUGAUGAUGUUAUUUUGGUUGAAACUGAACCAUUUGUGUAUGAAUGGACAUCAAAGCAGUAUGCGAGUAUUAGUGCUGAACAUGGAUUAGGUCUUAUGAAAGCUAAAAAGAUUUACUAUAGUAAGUCAACUGCAACUAACUGUAUGUCUACUUUUGAGCUGCUUCGAAUGCCCCAUCAACUGUUGAAAAAACAACCAUCCAGUCUCUAUGACAGAGAAAGACAUAGAGGUGAGGAUGCUGGUGAUGGGAGGGGUACAGCCAAUGACUUGUUGGAAAAAAUAGCAUCACUGGAAAGUGAGGCAGAAAAGUCUUUUAUGCACAGGUUAUUUUCGAGUUGCUUCUUAAAAUUGAAAGAUGCAAUAUCAGAACAUGAAUAUUUCUGGUUAAAAGUUGUUUUAGUUGCUCUUACAAGUCUUGUUGAUGUGUAUACUUCUUCAGAAAGUUGA